AUGGGCAGGACGGCGGAGAGCAACGAUCGUUGGGGCGUCUGCGCGAGUGCAGGGUCUAGAAUCGACCGUGGGUGGGCAGAGCCGCGUCGAAGAGUGGCCGAGUCGUCGAGAGAGGGGAGUAGUAGAAGACGUGAUCGACGGGGGCCGGAGGGCGGGGACGGAAGACGGGCGCGGCGUAGUCGUGGUCGUGACGCUCUUGCGUAUACUUGGUGGCAGGGUCGACAAUGCCGCUGUCGGACAGGAGACGAGAGCGUCGAUGCGGCCAAAGAGAUAUAA